AUGGAAGAAUCGAACGAUGAGUUGUCGGAAGCAUCGGUACGCGCGGCUCGUUACGAUGCAGCCGACAGGCUUUCACCGUCUGUUUUCACGGAUGUAGUGCACAAUUUGUACGAUGCUAUCCGAGGGUUGCGUGAACGAACAGCAAAUCUGCUCGAUAAUCCUGGUGUACAUAUGGAGGUUGAUCUGGCCCGCAUACAGCAAGGCGUUCUGUCGCCGGUAAUAUUGCUAAACAAUGUAAACAAUCUGCCGGAGGUGCAGUCCACGGUCGAGAUACGGGCGGAUGAAGAGAAUGACGGCGAUACGGAUGAUACGGAAUCCAUUCCGCUCGAAUCGAACCCGGACGAGGAACUGAAUCGACAGCCGACGAACAACGUGCCGGAAGUGCAAGCUACGAUCGAAGUCCAAACGGAGGAUGGUGGUGGUAAUGGUGAGGAAGACACGGAACCGAUCCCGUUGGAAUCCGGACGGAACGAGGGUUACGAACAAGCUCCGCUCAACCGAGUGGAAGAGGAACAGAACAUAGCAGAAGUAGAAGUGAUCGCACAACAACCAUCCAAUCUCGAUGAGCAGCAACCCGUGAUACUUUCAGACAGUUCACCAAACCGUUCCACGGACAUUUUUACACCGCGACGAAAAAAGCGAAGAAGAAAUGCCACAUCACCAGCUGCUAACGUUAAUACGGAUGACGAUGAAGAGGGACUGAUUUGUUCGAUCUGCCUGGACGAAUGGACGUUGACGGGUGAUCAUCGGAUAGUGUCGCUAAAGUGUGGCCAUCUGUUCGGUAUGUCGUGCAUCAAGCGCUGGAUGCAGGAUAAACCGGCCGCAAAUCGUAGCUGUGCCACAUGUAAAGCGCGCGCCAACAUGCGGGACAUCCGUUUCAUCUAUGCGCGCUGCGUUAAGGCGGUAGACAAUACACGCGAGGAAGCGCUAAUGCAGGAGCUUGAUCGGGAAAAAUUGAAAUUGAUCGACCUAAACGUGAAACUAUCGAUGGCAAAUGCGGAACUUGCCCAUCAGCGCCAUUUGAUUGAAGUGCUCAAGCUUAAGAUCGAUGAAAACGGUCGAGCAGAUCCGUACGGUGAUAGAAGGCUCGAUGCGUUAGCCGAUCGGCGUGUUAGCUACAGACUGUUUUUGGAGAAAAAUAUAGAGAUAACGCGCGAACCGGGCUGCCGAGCGUUAGCUUACUCGGACAAGCAUCAAAUGUUGCUGAUAUCGCAAAAGUCCACCCAACCGCUGUUUCCCGGGUAUGCCGUCCGGAUGAUGCCGGUGCCCGAAUUUAACGCCUGUGUCGCUGCGGUCUCGUUGCUGGUAUCGUCCCGUUCCGUGCGUGACAUUGCGGUUGAUGCAACGGGCGAUCUGUUCGCUUGUGCAACGAUGGAAAAGAUGGUGAAGGUGUUUUCCAUCCAGAAUCGUACGGUACAGUGCACGAUCAGUCCGAACCAGGACGCUCAACUGUGGUCCUGUGCGUUCGACAACGAACGCUCCUGCUUCCUGUACAUAGGAUCGCAGCGUGGUACGGUGUACGUGUACGACAUUCGGCAGCCGGACCAGCUGCUGGAAGAGUUCCGUGUCGGACAUUUGCAGCAAGACUUUACGGCUGUGGUAAAAAUCUGCCCCGUAAAACCAACCGCAACGAUCCCGUGCGGUGGAUUUCUCGUGUGCAAGCUAAAAUCCGUCUGGUUCUUCGAAUACACACCCACCCAGCAAGUUGAAAGCCAUCUGCUUAACAUUACCGGUGCAUUCACCGCCAUGAGCUACAACUCAGCCAGUGGGCUCAUCCUGAUCAGCGUACGACCAACAAUCGACAAACCAACCACACUGGUGCUGGCCUCGCUCCAGAAGCUGAACGGUGUGUUCGCCCUCAACACGCAGCACAUUUUCGAAGGGUCGCGUGUCCAAACGGUCAUGUACCGUAGCGCCCAGGUGUACCUGAACAAUUCGGACACACUGGUGGCGUCGUACCUGGAGGAUGCGAAAAUGCUUUCCACUUGGUGUACCAACGGUGGCCGCCGCUGGUUGCAACAAUUGCCGAUGAGCGAAGGCAUACUGGACAUCUGUCCGAUGGUGACAUCGACACCGGGUCGAACGUAUCUGGCCGCACUGAGCGAGUGCCGGUGCCGUAUCUACCGUGUAAAGGGUGAGUGAGA